AUGCCCAGUAGAGGAAACAGAAAAAGCAGAGGCUUAUCAAGAGGACGUCGCGGAAACCGUGGCGGUCACGGAGGGAGCCAGAGAGGAGGAGGAAGACAACACAACAACAAACCAAAACGUGGUAAUGGCAAAUCAUCGCAUUCUGAGUAUAAUUCUUCAGCACAACACCAGUCAUUGUUUGAUCCAGACUCACUAUGGAUGCCAAGUAGAGAAAUGGCACAAGCAGGGCAUAACUAUGGCAGACGAGCCUAUGGCAAAUUUGCUGAAGAGAUUGAGUACACUUCACGACACCAAGGUGAGAUUAUGUCACGCAAGUUCAGAGAUAGGCCUAUGGUGUUUGUAAAGGCAAAAGAAUCAUAUGAUCCGAAUGAGCUUUUGUAUAAACUAACUCAGAAAAUGCAAGAUGAUCCAUUUCAAAUGAUUAUCGAUGAGGAUUUUAAAAGCAUAUCUUUGGAUUCUGAGGAAGAAGAGGAAGAAGAGGAAGAAGAGGAAGAAGAGGAAGAAGAGGAAGAAGAGGAAGAUGAAGAAGAAGAGGAAGAUGAAGAAGAAGAGGAAGAUGAAGAAGAAGAGGAAGAAGAGGAAGAAGGGGAGGAAGCCGAAGAAGUGCAUAUUUCUGGGGUGGAAAAGACGAAGUCUCCAACACGCAAAGAACCAAAGGAUGCGCUUGUGCAAAUAGAUUAUGAAGAAGAAGUUGAGGGCGCCACAAUACCAGAAACUGCCACCGGAAAAGAACAAUCCACCGAUCGUGUUGAUCUCAGUCACAAUUCUCUUAAUGACUUACAAAGUGAGCAACACAAAUUGAGACAAACUGAUUUUUUAAAAUCAGUUAAGCAACUGCCAGAAGCAGCCUCUGAGGAUGAAUUAGAAGUUUUUAUCGAUGAUCCAAGAUACGCUGAAAUGCCAAACGUAUUAGAGCAAGGUGACUCAUCGUCAGAGGACGAAGAACCAGAAUCACGGCUUGACGAUGAACAAGAAUAUGGAUUUUUAGAAGAAGAUUACGAAUUCGAUGUAUCAAAGAUAUCUGUUACAAACGUUAGAUUUGGGAUCAGCAACCAGUAUUACUUGAAAUGUCAUGAACUCACUGGAUUUGAUGAGGAAUUCGUAUGGAUUGACGAAGAUGAAGUUAUUGAGUAUGCUUUGUCCAAUGGGGUAAAGGAGCAUCGUUUAUCUAAAUUCUUGUCUUAUAUUACCUCUGGUAUGAUUGACCAAGACAAGGAGGAUACCAAAGCGAAAGAAGACCAAGUAUACAUUAGCAGCGACAGUGAAGAUGGAGAUGCUACAGACGAAGAUGAAGAUGAAUUCGAUAAAGAUCGAGACGACUAUCCAUACGACUCAGAUGAUAAUUUGAAUGACUUGAUACGAUACUCAAAAUCAAGUACGCAGGGCUUAAUACUGAUGCAAGAUCGUGAUUUUUCAAACAAUACACCAGCCAAAAAGAGACGAAAUUUUGACAACCUUGGCAUUGAUGAAGAAUUACAAGAUGCAUUAACCAAUCAGAUUAUAAAUUAUCGCAAGAACAAAAAACAACAAAAACAACGCCGCCAAGCUCAACAAACUGAGGACGCAAUAUUGAGCCAUGACUUGUUGAUCAAGUAUCCCGACUCUCUAACCAUUGCCCAAAUCAGUCAUGAGUUUUCAUCAUUUAUGCAAGACGAAUCACGAACAACAUUGAGCUUCCCCACAUUGGAUUCUCAUGGCAACAAGACCUUGCAAAGUAUAGCAGCAGCAUACAAUAUGCAAACUGAUAAAUGUGGUCGUCACAAUGUUCGUCAUUAUAUAAAAGUUACCAAGACAAGGAAAACAUACAAAAAUGUGCCUAAUUUCAAUCGAAUCAAUGCCAUCAUGCGAGGCCGACCAAUUUUCCAUCGUAUGGAUGUGAAACGGGAAAAGAAGGGGGACAAAGAUGGUAGUAGUAAAGUGAAGCGCAAUGGUGGUGGAGGUGGUAACGAGCCACGAGCCAAGUUUAAAGAAGGUGAUGUUGUUGGAGCUGAGGCACCAGCUCUUGAUCAACUGAACCUUGGUAGAAUAAUGUUGGAGAAAUUAGGGUGGAGCCAAGGACAAGGAUUGGGUAAGACUAAUGCUGGUAUUAAUGAACCUAUCGUGGCUAAAGUGAAAAUGUCCAAAACUGGUAUUAGAUAG